AUGAAAUUCUUUUAAUAUUAUCGUAGUAGGAAAACUUUAACAUGGCAGUUGUCAGAAAAAGAUGAUAGAAUGUGUAUUCGACAAUGAAUUCGAGGAGUCCGAUGCAGCCAUACCUUAGUAAUUCCCUGGCUAUUCGUCAGGAGAUUCAGCGAUUCGAGAGCGUACACCCGAGUAUCUACGCUAUUUAUGAUUUAAUAGAUGCUAUCCCUGACCAGUUAAUACAGCAGCAGAUUCGAGAGCACGUCGUCUGCAUAGAAGAUUCCUUCGUAAACAGUCAAGAAUGGACACUCAGUCGAUCUGUUCCGGACCUCAAGCUGGGCAUCCUGGGAAGUGUCCACAGUGGAAAGUCCGCUCUAGUCCAUCGCUAUCUUACAGGAUCUUACAUGCAGGAGGAAUCACCAGAAGGUGGUCGCUUCAAAAAGGAAGUCAUCAUUGAUGGUCAGAGUUACCUCCUCCUGAUAAGAGAUGAAGGGGGUGCCCCAGAAAUGCAGUUCACGCAAUGGGUGGAUGCAGUUAUCUUUGUGUUCAGUCUGGAGAAUGAAAUCAGUUUUCACACAGUGUAUUCGUACUAUGCCAAGAUGGCCCACUAUCGGAAUGCUGCGGAGGUCCCACUUAUCCUGGUUGGCACCCAAGAUUCUAUAAGUGAAAGCAAUCCUCGUGUGAUUGAUGAUACCAGAGCCAGAAAACUUGCAAACGAUCUCAAAAGGUCCUCAUACUACGAAACCUGUGCCACAUAUGGACUCAAUGUGGAGCGGGUGUUUCAGGAUGCAUGUCAGAAGAUAGUGCAGACACGUUACCCUUCUAUACCACUAUCAGUGCAGAAUGUGCCCAGCACACCAGUCCAUGCCCAGCGCCACUUCUUUAUCACACAGGCCGUGCCCUCUAAACCUUACGACACCCAUAGUACUAGCAGUCAAUCUACGUCCAGCUCUGGCACGCUGGUGACGGGAACCACCAACAACACUUCAGGACAACAGAGUGUGGCACAGGUCCAGCCAACGAUGAAGGAUGGUAAAGAAGGACAGGGCACCAAAGAGAAGGAGAAAUCUGAAAAGAAGAAAGACAAACAGCAACAACAGAUGCUCACAGAAUCUCAAGAACAGGAAGAGGAUCGUGUGGACUUUAACGAUAUUCCCCCUUCUACACCCCUGUCAUCUCGUAAAAACAAGAAAUCCUCAAUCAUACAGAAGUCUAACUCCUUCAGCGAGAAAAUGGAUAGAUAUAAGAUGGAGUUACACAUACACGACAAUAGUCCUUUCACUCCGCUUCUCAAUCGAAUGACAAGGGUACGGUCAAGUCUUGUGCUCGAUAAGCCUGAUGCCAGAGACUUGCCCACACCAAGCAGCACACCAACACAGAGUCGCAAAAAUAGGCGACGCUCCAACCUAUUUAAUCCAAAGAAUAAAGAGGAAGAAAAGGUAAAGACGUUACCAGAGACAGAAAAGCUGGGAAGUGGACGUGUUAUACCUCUCAAACAGGGCUACCUGUACAAGAAGAGUCAUGGUCUGAAUAAGGAAUGGAAGAAGAAGUAUGUGACUUUACUUGAUGAUGCACGUUUGGCCUAUCAUCCUAGUCUUCAUGAUUACAUGGAUGACGUACAUAAAAAGGAAAUAUCACUUAUGCAUACAACAGUAAAGAUUCCUGGUCUGCGACCACGAACAACGAAGACAGUCCCUAACUAUCCCCCUCAACAUCCAAACCAGGAUCCAGCGAAUGGCCUGAAAAGCAAGAAUUCAAAGGACAAGGAAAACGUCAUGUUGACUGGAUUCGACAUUGUGCGAGAUCGUCAUCAUUCCAGUUCUGACAAUUCUAUUUCUGCACAAGGUCUGCCUAAUGGUGAUGGAGUGUUUGCCAAACUAGGAGUUAACGGCAGUAGUGUAGGAUCUAAACUAGACACACCUAAUGUGAAGAAACGGCAUCGGCGAGCAAAGAGUGGAGGUCUAAAGAGUAUGGAGCCUGGUGCUGGUGAUGAAUCUGAUGGUUAUGAAUUUAUGAUUGUGUCCCUGGAAAACAAACAGUGGCAUUUUGAGGCGAACAAUCAUGAGGAGAGAGAUGACUGGAUCACAGCAAUAGAACAACAGAUUUUCACAGCUCUACAGGGGAACGAGAGCUGUAAAACAAAGAAAAUCUCCGCCACUGAUCCAGACACAAUACCCACCAUGCGUAACACAAGAGGCAACAGUGCAUGUGCUGAUUGUGGAGCACCAAAUCCGGACUGGGCCAGUCUAAACUUAGGAACCCUCAUCUGUAUAGAAUGUUCAGGAAUACAUAGAAAUCUGGGAACACAUCUCUCUAGAGUAAGGUCACUGGACUUAGACGAAUGGCCGCCAGACCUCACCAAAGUGAUGAUUUCAAUAGGAAAUUCUACAGCAAAUAGUGUUUGGGAGGCCCACCUCAAAGGCAGAACCAAACCGGGCCCUUCAUCACCAAGAGAGGAAAAAGAACGAUGGAUUCGAGCCAAAUAUGAUACAAAAGAAUACCUUCCGCCAGCUCCUUACCUUGAUAUCUCUCUGAACCAGCAACUGAUUGAUGCUCUGGUACGGGAGGAUAUCAGAAACAUUGUACUGGUGCUCGGUCACAGUACGGCCGAGGACAUCAACGCACCCUACAGCAAGGACGAUGGUCGCACUGCCUUACAUAUUGCAGCUGCUCUCGGCAAUGUUGUUUAUGUCCAACUGCUUCUCUGGUACAGUGCUAAUGUGAAAGUAGUAGACCAUGAAGGGAGGAAUGCUCUUUGGUACGCAAAGAGCUCGGGAUCAACAGACUGUGUCGAGCUCCUUAUGAACAGCGGCUGUCCAGAACACCCUACAUUACCUAGGAGACGCGGCAGUGCACAACCUGGCAAAAAUGACGUUUUUGAAAAAUUGCCUGCAAGUGUUAUAUGAGAUUAUACUGUACCUUAAAACAUUAUAACAAAUUGUCUCCUUAUGUUACUUGGAGACCCAUCUCACUGCAGUGAUGGUUUCGUAUCUUAUUACCCAGGAAACCUGUCUCUCACCAAAGGCAGAGUGUCCCAGCUUGUGUGUGUCCUCCGGCGAGGUCCUCAUAUACUCCUGUGAUGGAGAAUAUUGUAAUCUUGUUCAAGAUUCUAAAGGCAUCAACUUACAUGUGAGAUGCAGAGAAGGAUCCUAAACCCAACACAGAUGUCAGAUUUCGAUUGAAGCUCUAGUCAACAGUUUCUGGAUAAACUGUACGAACAGACCAUGUAACAAAUUCUUGUCAGGGGAUGGCAUCUUGACAAGUAUUGAAACAGAUCAGUAUAAACAUGUUAUUUAACACAGUGUGUGCUAACAUUAAAAAAGUGCUGCAUAGCCCACUUAAGUCAUGUGAUUAAGAUAUCACAUGAUGUACGUGAUCAUGUGACCUCACAGUAGCUAAACUUCCUUUGAAAUUAACCUGAUGUAGGUAAGAACAUAAUAUGUGUAGUACAGUUUUCAGAAUUUUUUAAUAAAUUUAAAAGUGACUGUAGAUUUCAGCAUAAGUUCUCGGCGACUUUCUUACCUGGUAUAUAGUGCAAGGUUGAUACACACCUGCUGAACGAGAAAGUCUCACCUGCAGGACUAGGUGAACCUACUAUUUUAUAUUGUGAUAUAUACAUGGGUUAGUGAGAUUCCAUGAUACAAUGAUUCUCAGAUUUAUCACUUUUUUAAACUACAAAUAUACCAGUCCAUUUGAUAAUACAAUAUGUUGUAGUUGACUGGUUGUCGGUUUGUAAAAUCUCUGGUCCUGAUGCAAAUACAACUUUUUGGGGUUUUAUUAUUAUUAUUAUCAAUAUUAUUUACUUUUUUAUUUCCAAUCAUUCAAUUUUUUGUCAGGAAGCAAGUGAAGGAUUUAUCUACUAUCUAAGAAGUUGUCACACCCCAACAUUAUAUACUCAUGUCUCUUCUAGAAUUGAUGUUGGGCUCAUUUUUCUAUUUGAAAUCAAUAUUACUUAUUCUACUGCAAUUUUUAUAAGCAUUAAAAAUAUGAAGUGUUCAAAUAUUGAAAAUCUUGUGAAAAUUGGAAAACACAAAAUGUAUUGAUUUUGUAUAUGAGUUGAAGACUGUGAUUUGUUCCCUAAAUAUUACCAUGCUUGCCUUUUAUGUACAAUAGGAACAGUCCUGACACCACCAGGCGAAGGACAACAUAGGAAGAUUCUCUUGAGUUCAGGUGAAAAGGUUUUUUAAUUGCAAUAAAUAUUUCACUGCCUCAGACAGUCCAAUGUUUCAUCGUCUUAAGUGUUCACGUCUAGCUGUCGUCGCCUGUGUGUAAUGGUGAAAAUAUUGUGUUUUUUCUGAUUCCUCGAGUGUUAAACAUUAGUCAAGCAAGCAUUCAGUGUAUUGUAUUACUAUAAUAAAUCGUUAAUCCUUCGAGUAGAUCAAAGACUUUAAUGUAGGGAAGCAUUUAUACAUUAUAUAUACCUUUAGGAAAACCGUUAUAUCUCUUUAUAAUGAUAUAGGAUUUGUGGAUAUUUUUAAACGCUAAGUAUAUUGUUAUGGAAAAUACCUAAGAUAAAUGUUAUAAUUAUACACAGUAAGUUUAACAAGUGUAAAUGAAUUUUAUGCAUUUUACAUGUGAACAACCUCUGUAACAGCCUCCCGGUUCACACAGUAGACAACUUUGAUGGGUCAUAUGUAGUUGUGUCUCCCAUUAAGCAUGAGAGUGUGUUGAGUUGUGACAGAAGGGUUUUGUGCCCGGCUACAAUGGUUGUGUUAGAUAAGGUAUACAUUAUGACAGAGAUCAUCAGUACUCACAUCUCCCAAAUACUUACAUAUUUAUCUUGAAAACCACUCAGAAGAAAUAUUGGAAGAGGUCAAUAAAAAGAAGAAAUGUUGGAAGCGGUCACUAAAAAGAUGUUUUACUGUCUGCUGUUUAGUGUACGUCCUCCGAAGUCUUGUAUAUAAAGCUUCUGGAGACUUAAAAGUAUUGUUCAGAUAUAUUCUUUUUCACAAGUUACAACAACUGAGAACAAAGAUUAAUUUUCAAAUACUGUAAACAUAUUUAACAUUAUUCAUAACAUUUCACGCUAAAACAUUGAUCUAAAUUGCAAUUAUUUAGCCCAUUUUUUUUUUAUUUCCAUUUUGUUAUUAUGAAUAAUGCACUAAAAUUGUAAAUAACUGAUAUUAACACUUCUACAGUGUGCUUUUUUGGAUGUCUUAUUAGGGCCAGACAAUUCCAAUCCCAAUGGUAUUAGGUCCAUACAAUGGUGUAUGGUUAGGUAAAUUUGUUAUACAGGUUGUCUCGAGAAUUGUUGGAUGUUGGAAUUAAGAACUGGUUGUUGACCCAAGGUUGUGUUCCACACUAAAAGAUUAUAAUUUUUAUAAUUUAUGGACAAUCUGAUAUUAGAUGUAAAGUAAAGAUUUAUCCAUCCUCGUGAUUAUGCAUCCUGUAUGCAUUUUAUUUCAUAUCUGUAUUGUUUCCUCGGUUCUAUACAUAAAAAUUUACACUGUUAACUCACAUCAUAGGAUUCAAUACACAACAACUACUGUAUUUUUCUAGCAAUUAACCUUGAAUAGUGAUAAACGGUAUGCUAUUUUACUGUCCAAUAAUAAGCCCACCACUGGUUUUAUAAGUGAUGUAAUGUCAUGGCUCUGUUAGCUUUUUACACAAUAAGUACAAUAUCAUACAUGUGAUUGUCAUCUGUUUGUUCAAAGUGGAAUAACACAGGGAUAUGUUUUACGUCGACUGAUAAAAUGUUGGUAAAAUGGGUAGACAGAACAAAAUUCUCACAAAAGCUUGUUUCUCACAUACAUGAUUCAAACAUAUGUCAACAUUUAUGCAAUAUACAAUGUUUACCUUUUAUAUGUCAAAAUACUGUGUUACUGUGGCAAAUGUUCUCAGACUUAAGAAAAAAUCAUGCCAAGUCAAUUAGCUACAAGUUAUCGACUGCUUUUUUUGUUAUCCAUUAAUACUUUCAUUCCAACUGAUUGUAAACUACACGUUAUUCUUGUGUUCAAAUCAAACAAUCUUGAGGCUUUAGUUGUUAACAGGUAGAUUACUGAUACAUAUAACUCAUUAACAAAUUUCACAUGGAAAAUAUCUCGUGAAUGAAGUUUCUGGUUUAAUGUCUUGUUCUAUACCAAUAUAGAUGUUAUAUACAAUCCUAAAUACCCAGGAAGUUGAUACUGAAGCCCAGCUUUUAUCCAUUUAUGAUGAAGAAUUAUGUGCAAUAUGUAACAAGAUAUUGAAGUAUGAAGGCGGUCGUGUCGUGUUUUAUGUCACACAUUUAUUCUGUACACAGUAUAAACCAGAAUUGCUGUAUACAUGAAUGACACACCUUCAGCAAGUAUCAACAGCAUAAAGUGUAACAGAAAAUUUAAUCAGGUCAAACCAUUAACUAGUAAACAAUAACAGAAAGUUUAAUCAGGUCAGACCAUUAACUAGUAAACAUUAACACAGGGAUAUCCAACCCUAGACCAAUAUCUUAAGAAUAAGGUGGUUGAUAUAUUUAUAAACAUGGCGUGUCUAUGAUUUAGGGGAAAUAUUUUUAUCAACAUUCAUGCCUGUUAUUUUACAAUUUAUUAAGAGAAUAUUUGAUAACUUAUUUUUAUCUAUGGUUGUUCAAUAUAUAGGUUGAUGACAGGAAUACUACUACAAUAAGGAAGGAAUUGUUUUUUAUUUUAUUGGUUAAGUAUAACCCAUCUUUACAAGUACUUGUACGGAAGAAGCAUUACAGAUAUUUAUUACCCAUAAUGGAGUAUAGAUUGUGGAAAUGACCAUUAUUUAUGUUGAACAAGUGUAAAAUUAUUAUUUAAAUUUAUCAUGUGUAAGAUUAUUGAAGAGGAGAUCAAUAUUUUAUGCUUCGCAUGGAUGGAAUUUAUUAUUUAAGAACUUCACAGCAAAAGUUCGAAGGGAGAAAAACAUAAACAGUGUCACAAGAGUACUUCUAACCUAGACACAAGUUCCAGUUAGUAUGUACCAUAGAAAGAGGUAUUGCAACAUUUACAAAAGAGAAAUCCGUAUUAGUUUUAAUAAUUAAUCCUACUGUUCUUGUAAUGAUAAAACUAUGUCAGGAUAACUUUUAUUUUAUCCAUGAAUAAACAAGGUUGUAUACAGAAGUAUUGCUCACAGAUAAAACUCACAUGAUGGUGUGUAAACAUAUAUCCUACUGAGGGAAGAUGUUGAAACAUUAUCUUUAUAAGGUUGUCAGACAGGAGGGGCCAAGAAUAAGGGUUGUUCACUUUUUAAUUCAGUUAUCUAGACAUACUUGUAGGAUGUAAUGAAGUAUUGUAGGGCUACCUAUUUUUAUGACUUCAUCUUUCUGGUAUGAAUACCAUUUUUGUGGAAUCCAGGACGAGGAAUUCAAAUAAUUGGUAUAUAGCUGUUAAUUAACUGACUUUUUUUUCAAGAUUGAUAUACCAAAGGCCCUGAAUCCUGUGUCUGACAUAUGUGCAUUAGUGACUAAUCGAGUUGUGUAAGGCUGAGUGUGGUGCAUGAUUUAGAUGCAAUGUGUUCUUGUCUGGUGUGAAUGAGGUAAAAAUGUGCUUGACAUUUAUGAAUGAGGUAAAUGCUGUAUUCUCUGUAUAGAUAAUGUAGAUAUUUAAAUUAAACAAGUGUAAAUCUCAACUCUUGUACAGUUUCAACAGUGACAAUUAAAAUCUCAAAAGAAGAAAAUUUGGUAAA